GCUUCUGUUCGUCUCGACACGAGCAAUAUGAAGCACCACCUUUGUAGUCUGUUGUUCGUUCUGUGCGUCUCGUACAUCGCGAAGCAGUCCGAAUGUUACAAGAUUCUAGCCAUAAAUCCCUCACCCUCCUACAGUCAUCAAAUACCCUACCGACGAUUAUGGCUGGAACUACACAAACGGGGUCACGAAAUUGUGCUAGUCACGUCGGAUUCUACACCAUAUAUCAAAUCACCGAAUUUUACGCAAAUCGAUAUUAGCCAAUCUUACGGAAUCAUAAAGACUGUGGAUUUAGUUCGAAUACGAUUUGAAGGAAAAAGCUGGUUGCAUUUCGUGGAAGAAAAAAUGUUGCCUAUAGUCGAUGUUUUUGCGGAGACGGUGCUCAAUUCCACAGAAGUACGGCAGCUGUAUGCUCCAGAGAGCAAUGCAACGUUCGAUGUCUACUUGACGGAAUUGCUCUUCGCGCCCGCCACUUACGCAUUGGCACAUCGAUUUAAUGUUCCUAUAAUAGGGUUAAGUUCAUUAGGGUUGAUUGCCAUUAACGAACACGCUCUUGGUGGAUUGGUUCUGCCUUCUCACGAGUACACGUGGGAAAUGCAAGACAACACGGGCACGAAUCUACCGUUCUUGAAGAGACUGCGCAAUUUCGUCAACAUGUUGCACAACUUAUACUACUACUACUAUAAGCUCUUUCCUCAACAACAGAAAGUGGCCGAGAAAUAUUUGGGGCCUCUACCACCAAUACUAGACGUUUUAAAAAACGUUAGCAUGCUUUUCGUCAAUCAGGCCGACGUUAUGACACCGGCUCGACCGAAACUUGCGAACGUAAUCACGUUUUCAUCCACCCACAUAGAAAAAAAGCCGAAACCUCUGCCUAAGGACUUACAAGCAUUUCUGGAUGACGCCACAAAUGGAUUCAUCUACUUUAGUCUUGGUAGUAACGCAAGAAGUGCAAGUAUACCACUGGAGAUCCGACGCAUGUUCUGCGACGUGUUUGCCAAGUUACCUUAUAGAGUUGUCUGGAAAUUCGAGGAGGAUUUGCCCGGGAAACCUGAUAAUGUUUACAUAGGGAAAUGGCUACCACAACAAACCAUUCUCGCUCAUCCGAACAUUAAGCUGUUCAUUUCUCAAGGAGGCCUGCAGAGCAGCGAGGAGACCAUCCACUACGAAGUACCAGUUCUUGGUUUACCAGUUUGGGCCGAUCAAUAUUAUCAGGUAGCCAGAAUGGAAGCUGUGGGUAUUGGAAAAUGUUUGGAAAUUACAACCCUUAAGAAGGAUGAACUUGAAAAUGCUAUUACAGAGCUUAUAACUAACAAAAAGUACAAAGAAAGGAUACAUUACAUCCGAAAUGCCGUUGAAGAUACACCGUACGAUCAGGUGGAGAAUCUCGCUUGGUGGACGGAGUACGUGAUACGAACGAAAGGCGCCCCUCAUCUUCGCAGUAGUCUAGCUUUUCAGCCUUGGUAUCAACGUUGCGAUAUCGACAUUAUAGCGUUCUUAACGAUCACAAUUUUCUUGAUCGCUUCUACUACCUUUUAUUUAAUUGCCAAGAUUAUCGUCUACGUUUAUAAGACAAGCAAAUCAACUGAAAAGCAAAAGAUAAGCUAAGUAUUUAUAGUACAGUUAAACAAAGAGAAGUAUUUAUGGCACAAUUCAGUCCAAGUGACGCAAAUGUUUAACAUCUCAUUUCAACAGAAAUCUUUCAAAAAUAAAAUCUUUCAAAUAUAAAAAGACGUUCGAAUAAAAUUGAAAUCCUAUUUAUUCAUUGUUAAUCUCUUGAUUGAGAUUUUUUUUCGAAGCGUCAAGUUUAUUCCGAAUUAUUAUCAAUCGAUGAUAAUAUUGCUUUUCACUUGGUGAAUGAGGUAACGCAAGGAGAAAUUACGUUGAAACCAUGGGUAUGUCAAAGUAUCGAUAUACAUAAAAAUCGAUGAUGUUAUGUAGUUAUUCGAAAUAAAUUCUUUAUAUUAUA